UACGGUAUCUAACACCUAGACUUGAUCGGACCUCACGGUACGGCUCGAAAGAACCACGCGCGCCGACGUCGACCGAGAGAGCAUCGUUUCUCUCUCUUUCUCUCUCUCUCUCGCUCUCUCUAAUUCUCCCCACUCCUUUUCUCGCGCUCCCUCCUCUGCUCCUCAUCGUCCAUCAAGCGUCGCGCGCCCGAGACACACCGUCGUCGGUCGUCGGAGCCGUGUGACGGCUUCCGCGCGCGGUCUCCACGUCGUACGAGUUCGAUCAUCAAGUUGGAAGAGCGGAACGAACCGCGCGCGCGUAACCGAGGAUACCGGGAGAGUAGAACGCGACAUCGCAAAUUGACCGAAGGAUUUCGGACAGGCCCGGCGACGAGCCGCCCACGUCGAGUAGCACGAGACACACCAACGUCAACGCCGUUAACGAGGUCGAUUCAUCAUCAAUCGACUGGCCAGCGACAGCAACAAUAGUUGCAGUAACAGUCAGUGACAGCAGCCAGUAGCAGCAGUGGAACCAUGGCGGACGACCAGGACUACACGUGCGAGGACUCCCUCGGGACCGGCGACACCAACACCGCUUUCGCUAAGAAAUUACGGGGCCGGAAGGGCGCCCUCAAAAAGAAGAAUGUCUACAUGGUCAAGAAUCAUAGCUUUAUGCCCCGAUUCUUCAAACAGCCCACCUUUUGCAGCCACUGCAAGGAUUUCAUAUGGGGCUUCGGGAAACAGGGAUAUCAGUGCCAAGUCUGUAGUUUCGUCGUUCACAAGCGAUGUCACGAAUAUGUGACCUUCACGUGUCCGGGGGCCGACAAAGGAGCCGACUCGGACGACACGCGGACGAAGCACCAAUUCAAGCAACACACCUACAACAGCCCCACCUUCUGUGACCACUGCGGUAGUCUUCUCUAUGGUGUCAUCCACCAGGGCAUGAAGUGCCAAGCAUGCGACAUGAACGUGCACAAGAGGUGCGAGGAGAGCGUGCCGAAUCUAUGCGGAUGCGAUCACACCGAAAGACGUGGUCGUAUACACCUGCACAUCACAUGCCCCGGUAGCAAACUUUCCAUAGAAGUGCGAGAGGGACGAAAUCUCAUUCCGAUGGAUCCGAAUGGGCUAUCGGAUCCUUACGUUAAGCUGAAGCUAAUCCCGGAUUCGGACAACGUGAAGAAGAAAACAAAGACAAUCAAGUCAAACUUAAAUCCAGAAUGGAACGAGACAAUCAUCUUCGACCUCAAACCCGAGGAUAAAGACAGGCGGCUGUUGAUCGAAGUAUGGGAUUGGGAUCGAACAUCCAGAAAUGAUUUUAUGGGAUCCCUAUCCUUUGGCAUAUCGGAGCUUAUUAAAGCGCCCGCAAGUGGGUGGUUCAAGCUCCUUACUCAAGAGGAGGGAGAGUUCUACAAUGUACCUGUUCCUGAGGAGGGCGUCGACCUCGCCGAGCUUAAAACCAAAAUGCGGAAAACUUCGGUAACGAAAAAGACACACCCGACCCAGGAUAAAGAUGUGCCGCACAACAUGGGCAAGAGCGAUCUGAUACGAGCUAGCGACUUCCAUUUCUUAAUGGUACUUGGCAAAGGUAGCUUCGGCAAGGUCUUGCUGGCGGAGAGAAAGGGGACCGAUGAGCUGUAUGCCAUUAAAAUCUUGAAGAAGGACAUCAUUAUACAGGACGACGAUGUGGAGUGCACUAUGGUCGAGAAACGUGUGCUCGCGCUCUCGAGCAAACCGCCCUUCUUGGUGCAAUUGCAUUCUUGUUUUCAGACAAUGGAUCGUCUGUACUUCGUGAUGGAAUACGUGAACGGCGGCGAUCUGAUGUACCAAAUACAGCAGUGUGGCAAAUUUAAAGAGCCGGUGGCAGUAUUUUACUCAUCUGAGAUAGCGAUCGGUUUGUUCUUCCUGCACUCGCGCGGCAUCGUCUAUCGCGACCUCAAGCUCGACAAUGUCUUGCUAGAUCAGGACGGGCACAUAAAAAUUGCGGACUUUGGCAUGUGCAAGGAAGGCAUCACCGGUGACAAGACCACCAAGACCUUCUGCGGCACGCCAGAUUACAUAGCGCCCGAGAUUAUCCUAUAUCAACCCUACGGGAAAUCCGUGGACUGGUGGGCUUACGGUGUAUUACUCUACGAGAUGUUAGUAGGUCAGCCACCGUUUGACGGCGAGGAUGAGGAUGAACUUUUUUCUGCGAUUACGGACCACAACGUCAGUUAUCCGAAGAGUCUGUCUAAAGAAGCCAAAGAAGUUUGUAAAGCGUUUCUCACGAAGAACCCGAGCAAGAGACUAGGAUGCGGAAUGCGCGGCGAGGACGACGUGCGAAGCCAUGCAUUUUUCCGGCGUAUCGAUUGGGAGAAGAUAGAGAAUCGCGAGGUGCAGCCACCAUUUAAGCCAAAAAUUCAACAUCGCAAGGACGUGAGUAAUUUCGACAAGCAAUUCACCUCGGAGAAGACAGAUUUGACUCCUACGGAUAAGCUAUUCAUGAUGAAUUUGGACCAGACGGAAUUUAUGGGUUUCUCGUAUCUCAAUCCGGAAUUUGUGCAACACAUUUAAGCGAAUAUUUUUUUUUCCUUAGACUUGUACCCAUUCUUCACUUCAUUCCUUAUUCACUUUUCUUUUUAUCAUUCAGCUCUCUCUCUCUCUCUCUCUCUCUCGCUUUCUCUCUCAUCCUUCUCUUUCACUCUCUAUCAAUUUCAUUCUCUUUUUUAAUUCUAUUUCUGAAUCUUACUGUAGCAUUUUCAUGACAAAAAUGAAACUUUGGGACUCUGUUAUUUUUGGAUCUCAUUAGGAAUUUACACAUGAUUCUUCGAUGUAUUUCUAAACAGUUACCGAUCGUCUGUUGCGUUGUUUACGUUGUAAAGAAUAGGAAAAAUUAAAACAGAUAGUGUAGAUGGUGGGAGAUUCAUCGAACGAAUCUGUAUAGUUGUUGCAAGCAAAGGACAAAGCUGACGAACGGAGAAAUAGCACGUGGAAAAGGAAUGCUUUGUACACGUACUCUACAAAGAAAAUACGGGAAAAAUAAUACGACUGGCAAAAGAGAAAUUUCAAAA